GCGCUGUGUAUUUAAAGAGUGCGAAAGUAACCCAUUGCAGCAGACGCAGGCCAAACGGAGCGACCAUGAAGUCCUUUUCCGUCAUCGCCAUCACUUUGGCGCUUGUCGUCCAGUGCAGCUGUGCCGAUGAAGCAGCCGAGCCCGCGGAAAACGUCAACCAGCUUCGCGAGCUCUACCCGGCCCCUUGGCUUCCUCGGCCAUGGCCCUACCCCCGGCCCUAUCCCCUUCCUCGGCCAUGGCCACAACCUUGGCCACAACCUGAGCCUCUGCCUUGGCCUCAGCCCAGGCCUUUGCCUGUUCCGAUGGAUUUCGCGCUGAAAGACCUGCCCGAAGUGGACAUUUCUGCCGAGGAAGAGCCAAAGGCGAGGCAGCGUCGAGCUAUCUUGCCUAGGCCUAAGCCUUGGCCCCGCCCCUGGCCCAAGCCCUUUCCUCGUCCCGGGCCUAAGCCCUGGCCUAGGCCUUUCCCCAGACCUUGGGCUUAAUGAGCACGAAUAGCAUAUCGCCAGUAAAUUAAAUUAAACGCUGAGAUAAGCGUUACAUUCGCUUCGUCUCCUGAA